AUGGAAAUCUCAUCCAACCUGCCUCAGAAGCUCACAGCAGCCAUGGCACCUUCAAGCACCAGCGCCAACACCAACCAAAAUGAUCCCUUGCAGCACCCUCUGCAGGCCACAGCUAUGGCUAUCCAAGGUGCCGUCCAGGGUGAAGGUCGUGCCCCUCGCAUGAGCCACAUGGCCAGCGCCAACGAAGGCCCUGCGGACAUCAUUGCUAAGGUUUCUGGAGCCGUUCAGGGCGGAAAGCGUGAGGAUGAUGGUGCUUACUUCACCAACAAUGAGGGCAUCCCCUUCCCUGAUCCAGCACACAGCAAGACAAUAGGCGGGAUUCCCGUUGCCAGCGACGUCUUCCUCUUUCAAAAGCAGCAACACUUCAACCGUUCCAAGCAGCUGGAGCGCAUGGUGCACCCAUGUGGAUCUGGGGCCUUUGGGUACUUUGAAUGCACAAAGGACGUUACUUCUCUCACAAAAGCCGACUUCCUGUCCAGUGUCGGCGAGAAGACGCCGAUCUUUAUUCGGUUUUCCACUGUCACACCUGGACGCGAGUUUCCUGAUGAGGCCCGUAACCCGCGUGGAUUUGCCAUCAAGUUCUAUACCGGAGAGGGUAAUUACGAUGUGGUUGGCCUGAACUUCCCCAUCUUCUUCUGCCGAGACCCCAUUCAGGGCCCCGAUGUCAUCCGAUCGCAGUACCGCAACCCCAAAAACUUUCUGUUCGACUAUGACGGUAUCUUCGACUUGCUUGGCUGCACUCCUGAGGGCAACCAUGCUGGUCUAAUGUUCUUCAGUGAUCAUGGUACCCCCAAGGGAUGGCGCUUCAAUCACGGUUACGGUUGCCACACCUUCAAGUGGGUCAAUGCUGAGGGCAAGUUCGUCUACAUCAAGUACCACUUCAUUGCCAAGCACGGCCAGAAGCAGUUCACACAGGAGCAGGCUACACAGAUGUGUGGUGAAGACCCUGACUAUUCCAAGCGCGAUCUGUGGGAGACUAUCGAGAACGGCGAGGAGGUUGAGUGGACCGCCAAGAUCCAGGUCAUGGAACCAGAGGACGCUGAUCCAGACAAGCUUGGCUUCGACCCCUUCGAUGUCACCAAGGUCUGGCCUAGGUCGCAGUUCCCCAUGCAGGAGUUUGGUCGUCUUGUGCUGAACAAAAACCCGGAGAACUUCCAUCGCGACGUCGAGUCAGCCGCCUUCUCCCCCGGCAGCAUGGUCCCCGGCAUCGAGGACUCGCCCGAUCCCCUUCUACAGUUCCGCAUGUUUUUCUACCGCGAUGCCCAGUACCACCGCAUCGGCGUGAACCUGCACCAGGUGCCUGUCAACUGCCCUUUCAUGGCCAAGUCCUAUGCCACACUAAACUUUGACGGGACUAUGCGUAUUGACGCCAACCACGCCGGCAACAAGCAAUACGCGCCCAACAGCUUUGCACAUAAGUUUAGGCCAGACGUCGCUGAGGCACCAUACCAGGUAUCUGACAACGUCAUGAGCCGCAAGAGCCACUACUGGCACGAGGGCAAGAAGAGCGACUACGCGCAAGCAACCGAGCUCUGGACCCGCGUCAUGACCGAGGAGCAGCGCAAGAACACGAUCAAGAACACAGGCAACAUGCUAAAGUUUAAAAAGUACCUCGCUCAGGUACACAACAUUGCCCCCGACUACGCGCAGGGCAUCUACGACUUCCUCCCCAAGAAAGAAUUCGCCUUCUCCGAGGUGGAAGAGCUCGCGGUCGACGCGCAUCUGUGGUACAAGGAGAAGAAGUUCCAGCCCAGCAACGGCGAGAAGCUGGUUGGGUAUGCACCUCCGAUGCCUAUCUACAACUAG